UCUUCAAUCAUUCUUACUUCGUUUUCUGUGUUGAGUUCCUGUGUUACUAUCUAUAUUCAUCAUGUCUGGUCGUGGUAAAGGUGGCAAAGUUAAAGGUAAAUCAAAGACUCGUUCUUCAAGAGCUGGACUUCAGUUCCCUGUUGGUCGUAUCCAUCGUUUGUUGAGAAAAGGCAACUAUGCCGAACGUGUUGGAGGUGGUGCCCCAGUGUACCUCGCCGCCGUGAUGGAAUAUUUGGCUGCUGAAGUGUUGGAGUUGGCAGGUAAUGCCGCUCGUGACAACAAGAAGACUCGUAUCAUUCCACGUCAUUUGCAAUUGGCCAUCCGUAACGACGAAGAGUUGAACAAACUCUUGUCUGGAGUUACCAUUGCUCAAGGUGGUGUUUUACCCAACAUUCAAGCUGUAUUGUUGCCAAAAAAAACCGAAAAGAAAGCUUAAGCGCCUUCACUCAUCUACAAUAAAACGGCCCUUUUCAGGGCCACCAAUUUAAUUUCUUCUACAGUAUGUGUGUACAACUAACAGCUUAAUACGUUGAAUAAAACCGUAUCGGUGUAUCAAAUAGCACGUAAUAAUAAUUUACAUUGCAUUCGUCCCGUAAGUGUACCAUAACUGACGUAAUUUUAGGGACGUAGGAAUGCCAUUAACAGCAUACUGUAUUGUCUAGCUCUAGAGCUGGACAACAUUAAUACUGUCCGGCUCUAGAGCUGGACAAUACUGAUACUGUCCGGCUCUAGGGAGGUUAUUCCUCUAUGUAUAUCAUAUAUCUUGGUAAGUCCCAAAUUUUUCUCAAAUUUGAAUUUUGAUCAAGGUUCACAGUCCAACUUCAAAAUUCAAUUUAUUAAUUUUAUUAAGACUUGACAUCCCGUAUGAAAUAGGUAUUACCUGAAAUUUUUGAUCUUGCUAUGAAAAUUUGAAAAACUAUCCGAUUCCGAUCAUCCGAUCCCCUAUCCUCUCAUUCUAUCCUCGAUCCGGCCAUUCUGUAAUCUAUUUAUAUAACAUGCAUAUUAUUAUUUCAUUUGCAUUUAUGUAAUUUUUGAAUUUUACGAAUAUUAUGAAAUUAAUUAUCCACUGCGUU